ACCUGGUUCAUUUUAUCUCCAUGUACUGUACAUUUGACUUAUUUUAGGGGCCAAACACAUGAAAAUGCCUUUGCUUUUUAUCUGUUAUUGUUUUUAUUUUUUUGCCCUAUUAUUCAUUUCAUAUUUUGCAUAUGUUUCUCUGUGUGUUCUAGGAUCUGCAUCAGAUGCUUCAUACAUCAUGCUUAUAUUUGUUAUUUUCAUCCUAGUCAUUUUAAUAAUGGUGUGGUGUCAUGUUUUUUGUGAUGUUGAUUGUCUGUUCAAUAUUUUUUCAGAGUUACACACGCUCGAGACUAAAAUCUCUGGAAAAUAUGGACCGACGGUUGUAGGAUAUCACGAGUUUACUUCUGUGUCUACACUGGAUGGACUGCAGAUUGAUUAUUAUGACAGUGUGACAAAGAAGCUGAUUCCCAAACAGGUUUGGAUGAAGGAGUUUGCAUCUACAGACAGAUGGGAAGAAUACACUGAGAUAAGAGAACGAAUGCAGCAGACCAGAGAACUCAACAAUCCUCCUCCAAUGCGAUUCAGUCCUCCACGUGGUGUUCAGAAGUAUCAGAGAGUGUAUGGAUGUGUUUGGGAUAAUGAGACUGGACACAGACGUGGGUUUGAUGAGUACAGUUAUGAUGGACAGGAUUUCAUCACACUGGACCUGAAGGAGAACAGAUAUACUGCAUCUGUACCACUGGCAGAACCCACAGUGAUGAAGUGGAACGAGGAUAGAGAACGGCUUGAUUUUCUGAAACGAUACUACAGAUAUGAGUGUUUUUACUUUCUGAAAGAGCUCCUACAUUUCUCUAAAGCUUCUUUUGAGAAAACAGGUAAAGUACCAGCGUCAACAGAACAGAUUUUGUCUGAGCCAACCCAAAAGAUUCUGACAGAGGAUGCAACCAACAGUAACAGAUCUGCAUCAGAUGCUUCAUACAUCAUGCUUAUAUUUGUUAUUUUCAUCCUAGUUAUUUUAAUAAUGAUUUCACUUUGGAACAACUGGAAUCAUAUCAGACGUUACUUCAGUAAGGUCAGAUGUUUAAAAAAAAGAGAAUAAUUCCACUCCCAAAGGUACAUCUAGUACUGAAGACUGUAGUCAAAGUGAGCAGUCCCUCAUCGAAUCUUCAGAACCAUUAGCUUCAUCACCAGAGGAAGGAUCUUCAUCACUACCCAACAUCUGACACAUUUUGAAAAUUACAAGAAACAUCAAAAUACUUUUGAAGAUUUUCAAUGAACAUUCAUCUCUAUAUUUUACCUUUUAUUCCAUCUGUCAUCUUGAGAUUUUUAGCAUUUCUUUUAGAAUGAAUUACUUAGCUGCUUUUCCACCGUUGGGUCAAUCCAUUGUCUUCAGUGAACUGUUCAUUUCUGAUCUAGCUCAGCUGGUAUGGAUAUGGUUUAUUUUUUGGGCAGUUGGGAGUUCAGUGCCUUGCUCAAGGGCACCUAAGUUGUGGUAUUGGUAAUUAUGUGUGUUAGUACUUUAUAUGUGCCUUAUUUUCUUUUCAUUUCUUUGUUCUGGACUCAUUGAUCAGUUUAAGUUUGGUCUGGUGUUUUCUCAUUGGAUAGUACUUGUUGAGCUUGUGGUAAACAGAACAGAACAGAAAAAAAAAAAAAAAAAAAAAUGAUGACGACUUGACAUUCACAACAGUGUUCCCAUCAACAUGUAUUUACAUUUAAUUUUUUUUUUCAUCCUGUUUGUUUCAUUAUUUGUCUUUCUUGCCUUAUUUUGUGCUAUAUUAAAUAAUACAUCCCUAUGUUCUUUUUUUUUCUGAGUGAGUUUGGUCUCUAUCAUUGUCUGUAAAAAAUAAUAGUUUUAAGAGAUCAUCUAAUAGAGAUUGAAUAAAUAUGUUACUUGGAUUAUGCUACACAGAUUUUAAGUCAUACAUUUGACAGCUAUGGGAAUUUCUGUCCAGUUAGGAAGCAGAAUGGAUUAUGAAUCAGUUUUACCCGUUUUAUUUUAAAUGACAAGUGACAACAGGUGCACGGGAGAGGCUACAGAAAGACAAGAAUGGUUUUGCAGGUGGAGGCCAUAAACAAUACAUUUCUACUUAUAA